GUUUGCCUGUUGAAAGAGAUCAAAGUGAUUAAAAUGAUUUUCCUGGGAUAUGGAGAGCAAUAAAAGCCCGUGGAGCUUUUACUUAUCUCUUUUCUCACAAAGUUGACAAAAUAUUUUCCAUGUGAAUAAAAUUUAGGAAUCUUCCUUACUCAUUUCAAUUCAGCUGUAUGUAUGUAAGGGAGGAGGACUGGAGUGUAUCUAGUUUGAGGCUAUUGGGAAUGUGGGUGGACAUUCUAAGCAUAUCAAAGAAAUUGGUAUUAAUCGAAGUCCAGGCCCUUGCAAAAUUGUUAGGUUUCAGUACGCGUGCUGCUGAGCAUCGCAGAUCACAUAAAGAAAGGGAAAGAUGCACAUUUAUUUGGGGAGUGGGGAUUCUAACCUGUGUGGAUGUUUCUUGAUGUUUUCUGUGUCAAUUGGUCCUUUCUCCACUCUGCUAUUUACUGCCAGGAGAUGAAUUAAAGAAAAGUACCCGCCACACUACGUUGUUAAUUUGAGAAUGAAGUAAUGAAUGAUACUUUUUAUCUCGUACUCUGCCCUACCUGCAAAACCCCCGAUGGAAGUAAUUUAGUAGAGUAAUUGCUUCUAUGCUUUUCUAAUUCAUCCAAUUUACUUUUUGCCUUUGCUGAGGAAUGAUCUACCACUUGUUCUGAGCUGCAAAUGCAGAUACUACUUAAUGUCUACGGCAAAGAAAUCUGCCCAGGACUAGCCGCCUCUGCGCCAAAGAGAUUUGAGGACAUAAAAAAACGUGCCAGAGGGUUUCAUUUCAUACCUGGAGUAAAAUGGUUUGGAAGCGUGCCGGGGAUACGGAUCAGCAAACGAAAUAAAGUUUAGGAAGAAAAGCAGUACUGUGGAAAUCCCAGAAUUGCUUUUUCUUAGGAACAGCCUGGAUACUAUUUUGGGCAAAAGGCAGUCCACAUAAAGCUAGGGAGUCUGGUGACGUCACAGUGCUGCAAUCUAACAGACCCACAAGCCAGCUGUCUAGGAAUUGGAGGAAGAAGCUUAACCUGGAAUGAAGCAUCCAACAGCAGAGCACAGCCCGUGGUUAGCAGCAGGCAGGGAAGGACGCCCUACCUUCAGUCAUCUUCAAAGGGCUGCCCCUGUUCAGCAUUACUGUCAACUCUGAAUAGGAAGAUUGAUGGCUAUCGGUUCAACGUGUGCUCACAGCUUGGAGACCAAGAGUAUCUACUCCUUCUACAAACAGUGACAGAAACAAGCCUGGUUGAGCACCUGUGACAUAUCUGCAGGGUCAAGGAGUUAUUCACAUGUGUCAGAAAUGUCCUCGAAUAUGACCCUGGAUGUCUGAUGUACCUAAAGCUUAAGAUGUCCUUGGAGAAAAGGAAGAGGAAUGAUAACCGCAAAGAGAGUCCUUGUGAAGAGUCUGUGAUAUCCAUUAUAUGCAGCUUACUGAAAGAUGAAUCAGUGACUUGCUAGGACGUUAGACACCUCUGCUACAGUUUAUCUAAUGUAUCCACUCCUAUGAUCGAUCCCAACUUCCCCUUCUACACCACUGCCAGGAGGGGACAACGCAGCUUUACCAAUUUGGGAGCAAAAUAUGGAAUGUGUUUUACUGCUGACUGAACACAACCCAACAAACUGUAUAGAGAGUAAUUUGAAAACAAGCAGUUAGCAGUUUGUUUGGACUCUAACACUGUCCAGCACUUUCCAGUGUGAACUCACUGUUUACAAGGACUCUGCUUUUCAAAGCUUAUGCCCUCAGGCUUUGCUUAUUUAAAUAGUUGUACAAAGGAAAAAUACCUAGAGUCCCUAUCAAAAUGGCUAUGGAUGAUUACUUGUGGAUGGUCAUUUUGGGCUUUAUUAUAGCCUUUAUCUUAGCGUUUUCAGUGGGGGCAAAUGAUGUGGCCAAUUCCUUUGGCACCGCAGUGGGCUCUGGCGUAGUUACCUUGCGGCAAGCUUGCAUUUUGGCUUCAAUAUUUGAAACCACCGGAUCCGUUUUAUUGGGAGCAAAAGUGGGAGAGACGAUUCGAAAAGGAAUCAUUGACGUGAACCUCUACAACGAGACCGUGGAGACGCUGAUGGCCGGGGAAGUUAGCGCCAUGGUUGGUUCUGCUGUUUGGCAACUGAUUGCCUCUUUCUUGAGGCUGCCAAUAUCUGGAACACAUUGCAUUGUGGGGUCUACAAUAGGAUUUUCACUGGUUGCAAUUGGUACAAAAGGAGUUCAGUGGAUGGAAUUAGUCAAGAUUGUUGCUUCUUGGUUUAUAUCUCCACUGUUGUCUGGUUUCAUGUCUGGCGUGCUGUUUGUGCUGAUCAGAAUUUUCAUCUUGAAAAAGGAAGAUCCUGUGCCCAAUGGUCUCCGUGCACUUCCAGUGUUCUAUGCUGCUACUAUAGCAAUUAAUGUGUUUUCCAUCAUGUACACAGGGGCACCAGUGCUGGGUCUGGUUCUUCCUAUAUGGGCAAUAGCUCUAAUUUCAGUGGGUGUGGCUGUUUUAUUUGCUAUUUUUGUGUGGUUGGUUGUAUGCCCUUGGAUGAAGAGGAAAAUAGCAGGUAAAUUAAAGAAAGAAGCUGCCCUGUCAAGAAUAUCCCAUGAAAGCCUCGAUAAGAUUCAAGAAGAGGAAACCCCAGUCUUCAAAGAAUUACCAGGUGCCAAAGCAAAUGAUGACAGCACAGUGCCCCUCACUGGCUCAAUCGCUGAAGACCCCGGGGUUUCGGAGGGCAUAGUGAACGGAAGCCACCCCCGGGUGCCUUAUGGGAGGGCUUUUUCCAUGACCCACGGCACUGUGAAAUCACCUGUCUCCAAUGGCACGUUCAGUUUUGAUGGCCACAUGAGGAGCGACGGUCAGGUAUAUCACACAGUACACAAAGACUCAGGGCUCUACAAGGACUUACUGCACAAAAUCCACGUAGACAGGGGAAUCGAUGAGAAACCUCCUCAAGAAAACAAUUAUAAACUGCUGCGGCGUAAUAACAGCUACACGUGUUAUACCGCUGCCAUCUGUGGGAUGCCAGUACAUUCCUCCUUCAAAGCUGCUGACGCCUCAGCAGCACCGGAGGAUAGUGAAAAGUUAGUAGGUGACACAGUGUCCUAUUCUAAAAAGAGACUGCGGUAUGACAGCUACUCCAGCUAUUGCAAUGCCGUCGCUGAAGCCGAGAUAGAAGCAGAAGAAGGAGGUGUGGAAAUGAAGUUGGCAUCCGAGCUGACUGACCCCAGCCAACCCCAGGAUCUUCCCGUGAUGGAAGAGGAGAAGGAGGAGAAAGAUACAUCUCAAGUCCACCUGCUUUUUCAUUUUCUGCAAGUUCUUACAGCCUGUUUUGGAUCAUUUGCCCAUGGUGGCAACGACGUGAGUAACGCAAUUGGUCCUCUGGUAGCUCUCUGGCUGAUUUAUGAACAAGGUGGUGUGCUGCAAGAAUCCCCCACUCCUGUGUGGUUGCUGUUCUAUGGAGGCGUUGGAAUCUGCACAGGUCUCUGGAUCUGGGGCAGGAGAGUUAUCCAGACUAUGGGGAAAGACCUCACUCCAAUCACACCAUCUAGUGGAUUUUGCAUUGAAGUAAUGAGUGCGCUAACCGUUCUAGUUGCCUCAAAUGUGGGCAUUCCAAUAAGCUCCACUCAUUGCAAGGUGGGCUCGGUGGUGGCAGUGGGCUGGAUCCGUUCGAGGAAGGCCGUCGACUGGCAUCUCUUCAGAAACAUCUUUGUUGCCUGGUUUGUGACUGUCCCCGUGGCCGGCUUAUUCAGUGCUGCCGUAAUGGCCCUCCUAAUGUACGGCAUCCUGCCCUACGUGUGAUUUGGCUUCCUUUAAAAGUAAAGGGAUAGUCCGACGGGUGAGUAUUGUGUGGUACGCGUCACACGCGUGCCCGCAGACAUGGCACGUACACACCCACCCACACUCAGACACACACACACACACAGAGACGGACACCCAUCUGCUCUCUCCAAGCUACAGGCUUCUCUGUGCCCGAGUACAGAUGAUUUCCUUCGACACUGUCCCAGCUCAGCAAGAGUUCCAACCUCCACAUCUAACUUAACUACUGUAUAUAAUAAUAUGUGUGUGAAACUGGUGAAAUGGUGAUAUAACAUGUGGUGCAGUUACUUAUAUAUGAAAUAUAUUCUGUAUGCCUAGAAUACUACUUCAAACAUCAUAUUCAAUUGGGGUGCGAAUUGUUUCCUAGAAUUAAAACGUUCAGUGAACCUUUGUACAUACACAUUUCAGUGGCAAUUUUACAAUCAGUUUUCAAGGAAAGCGUGAUUGGGAAAUGUUCUUUUCCAUUUGAUAUACUGUAAGGUAGCUGAGGUGCAGGAUGGACAGCACAGAUUUGAAAAAAAAGGGCACGUAGCUCCAUGUGACAGUGAAAUAAUACUGGAAAACAGUUCACAAGUGCUUUCUUGAGGUCAUCUGUUCAUAAGCUGUAUUAAUGGUGUGUAAUAUAUGGUAAUAGCUUUUGUAAAUACCUAAAACCCUAACUUUAUAAGUAAAGGGAUAGUCCAUAUCCCUGAUGUAUUUUGCAAAAGAAAGUUUUAGAAGGAACCAAAGAAGCGGUUUGCCAGUAUUAUGCUUUUACACUGUAAUGUGUUUCUCCCUCCUGGUUUUUACUAAUCACUGUCAAUUAAAUUGAGGAGCGGUAGAACCAGUUACGUUUAAACCAAACCGAAGUAUUUUUUAACAGGGCGGUUGUACCUUUUGUUCGUAGGUAACAGCAGUGGUCUUGUUCCCGUUUAUUGCGGAGGUAGUGGAGGGGAUAUAGCUGUAUAUUCCCACCCGACUCAAGGGAGCAGGUCCAGGUGUUAAAGCAUCAAUGUUGCUUCUUCCCCACUGUGUCCCCAUCAAGCAGAUUCUGGGCACCCACUUAUAAUGGUUUGUUUCAUGUGCUGCAGAAUUUUAGAUCUCUUUACAAGUCAUUCAGAAAAAAAAAAGAUUAUUUAAAUGAAAAGACCCGUGACGAAUAAGUCCGUGAAUUCCACGUUCGAAGCCUCCGUUCUUCCUCUACCUAGCCAAUGCUGAGAUGAGAGAGCCACCAUUUCUGAAGAUGUCACUACCCUUAACUUUCUUCCACUGGAUGUUCUUACUUUCUGGUAGACUAAAGGAGAGAGUUUGUUUAGCUAAUGUUGGGAACUUGAUACUAUUGAAAUGCUGCUAAAAUUUUGAUAUUGACAGAUAUUUUAUUGGUACUUCAUUGUGAUUUUUUUCAUUAAUCAAUCAUACUAAAUUUAUAAUAAAAAAUGGCCCCAGGAA